AUGGAAUGUUACGUUUUAUUUCGAGAAUUUGAUAAAAGAACAAAAGGAUGCCCAACAACAGCUGAUACAGCAUGUUUACGUUGUAAUAUUGAAGGAUGUAUUAAAUGUCCUGAUUUAUUAAUACAAGAUACAAGAACAUGUAUUAAUAGUACAUGUCCAUCUGGUUAUUUACAACAAUGGUCAUCAUCACCAGAUUUUAUGGGUAAAAUAUGUAUACCACAGGGUAUGUCAGCACCGUUAUUAGCUGUUAUAACUGGUUUAAUAUCAGGUUGUAUAAUAUGUUUUUCAUGUUUAAUAAUUGCUAUUAUACUUAUUAAACGUAAACGUCGAAAAAAUGCUAUUAAAAAGAAAUUAAUACAUGAAACAACAAUGGAUCGUUCCGAUUUUUUAAGGCAAUUAGAAGAGAUGCGUCCAAAUGCUGAAUAUUUUUUAGCAAUGUUAAAUGAUACAAGACGUCAAAUACGUAAAUUAUAUUUAUCUGGUGAAAUUGAAACAGCAAAUGCAUAUAGACCAGUUAUUAGAGAUUUAGCAAAAAUUUUAAUAUUAUUAAAUCGUCCAAUUGAAUUAAUACCAGCACCACCAAAUGAUUGGAAUCAUAUAUAUACAUGGGCUGAACAAUCAUUAGAAAAAUAUAAACCAAAAAUAGGACAAUUAAUUGAUUUCUUUCAAUCACCAACUACUACAACAACAUCACAUCAUGGUAAUAACGGUGGUAUCGGUGGUAUUAAUAGUGAUUAUUAUGAUAAUGGUAGUCAACAAUUUAGUGAUAAUUAUGGUGGUAGUUUUAAUGGUAGUAGCUUUUAUGGUGGUAGUAGAGUUGGUGAUAAUGGCCCAAAUAAUGCUAGUGAUUUACGUGUAUAUCAUUUACAUCAAAAUCAUUUACAAUUACAACGUAAUAAAAAUUUCCAAUUAUUUGGUUCAUUAAUUAGUUUACAUGAAUUAGAGGAUAAUUCAAGAACAACAGAUCCAUUUGGUAGUAAUUUUAAUACAUUAAGAGCUGGUAUCGGUGGUGGGAUUAAUGGUGGUGGUCCCAACUCUGGUACAUUAGGUAUUGGUGGUAAUUUAAUAACAGAUUUAAAUGCUAGUUCAUUAUGGUUAGAAGAUGAAUUUUUUAGAUUAGGUUUUCGGCCACAAGAUGAAAUUACGACUGAAUUAUGAAAAUAAUAUUAAUUAAUUUUAAAAAUAAAGAAUAAAAACGAAAAAAAAAUGAAUGAAUUUAAUUUUAAUAAUUAAACAAUAAAAUUUUAAAAUUUGAAUAGACGUUGAAUAUUUUUUUUUUUUGUUUUUCACCUGUUGUUAAAUAAUAAUUAUUUUAAAUUAGUAAAAUUAAUAAAAUAUUAUUUUAAAUAUUUUAAAAUUAAAAUUAAAUAUUCACCACGUAAAUGCACCUAUACUUUAAUAUACGCCGUAAUAACGUAAUUUACGUAUCGUAAUUACGUAAUUAUCGUAAAUGAUCGUAUAAUCUAAUUAAUAUCGUAAAGCUGAUCGUAUAUUUUAAUUAAUAUUAUCUUAAAAUACGAUCAGUUUAUAAUUUUUCAUGAAUCUCGUUCAAUUAUAAUGAUUCAAGAGUGAUAAUUUAAGCCUGCGGUAUUGCGAUAAUGAGGAAAAAACCAAACAAGAGGCAGUUUGAUAUUGCAAGGUUAUUUCAUUCAUAUGAUCAGGAUAGUGUAAAUUAGAGUCGGAAUAUUAAAAAAUUCUAUGCUCUUGUCCAGCUUUGGCACGGAGAAGGUGGAUGUAAAUUCUAGGGUUCUUAACCGGUUCAUAAAAGACAUGGACUGAUUCACGUAAGAGGGGGAUUUGGAGAUCCAGCGGUAUCACAAUGUGCCUAAUUAUAUGUAAGUGGGGUCUCGGCUGGCCGCGUCAACCUAAACCUAACCUAAACCUAAGAAAAGAGGUCGGAUAAAAAUAUUUAAAAAAAAAAGGUCGAAACCGAAUUCUAAUACGAAACGAAAACCAGAAUGUAUGUCGAAUUCGCGAAAUUUUAUGCCGAUUACGCACGCCUGAAUUGUUGUAGUUCUUGAAAUGCUAUCAAGAACGUAUUGUAUAGAAUACACAUUAAAUUAAUUUCUUUAGAUCACGACAUUAGAUAUUUCUGAAAACGUAUAUUAAGGUUUAGGUGUAGGGCUAAAAUAAACCGAAAUAUUUAUAUGUAAAUUUUUUUUUUAAAUAAAAAAUUUGUAUAAAAGUAAUAAUAUAUGAGUAGAUAUAUUGUGUUAAUGUACAUAAUAUAUAACAAAAAAAUUGUGAUGAAAUAUAAAUAUAAAAUAUAAAAAAUUUCAAUUAAUAGAAAUUAUUUUAGAAAAUUAAAAAUUAAAUUAUAAUUAUAUAGACUUUAAAUAUUUUAAAUAAUAAUAAAAAAAAAAUGGCUCACAAAAAAUAUAAAAUAUAGAUUUUUUAUAGAAUUAAUAAAAUUUUAAUUAUAAUAUGUAGAUAAAAACCAAAAAAAAACUACUUUGCUAUACUAAAAAUCUAAUUUGUAUAAUGAUAAAGUAUAGGGUGUUUUAUUAUUAAAAUAUAAUGUAGAUAGUAAUUUACUCACCAUAUUUUUGAGUGUUUCUCAAAAUUUAAAUCCAUAAUUUGUUUAAAUUAGUCUAAUGAAAAUAGCCCCGAUGGGCUGCAUUUUAAAAGAUUCAAAUUAAUCCAUAAUGUUUCUAAAAUAUUAAAUUCUCCUUUGAGUGAAUUCCCACGAUUUCAUGGUUUAAAACUGAUUUAUUUAGUUCCCACCAUUUCAUGGUUUAAAACGAGUUUAUGUAUAGUUAUGUUUACAGCUCCGCGCUGAAAUAAUAAUUUUAAGAGUAAUAUAAAGAAGAGUCACAAUAAAAUACGGCGGGAUUGUUAACGAGCGAGGCUUCUAAGAAAACGGCAACUGAAGUACAAGCUUUCAGUCGGAAUAAUUUUUCACCAAUUAUACGAAUUUAAAAUUCUUGUGAACUUAUUAUUAUUAUUGCUAUUUCUUAGACAAAACAAAAUUUAUUAAAAUUUUAAACAAUUUUUUGUUUUUUAAAUAUAGUAAAUCACCCUAUUACAUUUCGUUACAUUUUAAAUAUUGUAAUAAGAGAAAAAAUCACAAAAUAAUAGAUAAAUUUUUUUAAUUGUAAAUUUUUUUUUAGAUUUUAAGGAAAUUAAAUCACAAAAUAUUUUAAUUAUUAAAAUUAUUAUUUAUUAAAAUAUAAAAAUAUGAAAAGAUGAAAUAAAACAA